AUGUUAUCGAAACGGACAGUCUUAGGGCGAAUCCAACUAGUUCGUCCAGUUACUGAAGUUGAUGUGAGGUUGGAAGGUAGCGAAAAGAACGAAGAUAGAGAUGUUAUGGCUCAGUCGGAAGCAUCAACAACAGGAGGGAAGGAACAUGAUGCAAAUCAGGAAGAAAGUGUUACACCGAAAGCAGAUCUCAGCAGACUCACAACCGAACAGCAACAUGUCGCCUGGAAAAUGUUGUGCGAAGAACGUGACGCUUUUGCCAAAAAUGAAGUGACAUCGGUUGCAUACCAGACCUGCAAAUGAACAUCAACCUGACAUGUCAACCAUUAACAGCCUUUACAACUCCGUAGGGGUUGUACGAGUGGGUAAGGAUACCACUCGGUUUGACGAACGCACCCGCCAGCUUUCAACGCUUUAUGGAGGGCUGUUUGGGAGAUUUACGCGACCAAGUAUGUAUCCCCUACUUAGACGAUGUAAUUGUGUUCUUAAAAACAUUCGAGGAGGACGUGGGACAUGUUCGACAAGUCCUCCAGCGGUUGCAAAGUCACGGCGUGAAACUACAACCUGGUAAAUGUAAGUUAUUCCAUAGAGAAGUUUCCUUCCUUGGUAGAGUGAUAUCGAAAUCCGGAUACUACAACGAUCCGAAAGCCACCGAAAUCGUGAAAAAAUUAAAGGAUAGCAUACCGAAAACAGUAGGCGAAGUUCAACGACUCGUGGGCUUACUCGGAGUGUAUCGCCGCCAUAUCAAAGAUUUUGCCAGGAUUGCAAAACUAAUAUACGAACUGUUAGAUGGAAAGCAUCAGAAAGUGAGACUACCACAAACUAAUGGUCAUCUCCUAUCGAAACAUCCAGUAAAGUACGUGGACUACGGAAAAUGGAACUGCAAUGAACAGGCUAAUCGAGUGUGUUCCAUCAUCACCAUACGUACCAUCUUAGCAUAUCCCGACUACAACAACACCCCAUUCGUAGUUAAUAUCGACGCUUCACAGCACGGACUCGGAAUGGUUCUAUACCAAGAACAAGAGGGAACUUUAAGGGCAAUUGCGUACGUCGCACGUACCUUGACUCCGGCCGAGCGUAACUACCACCUCCGUGCAGGGAAAUUGGAAUUCCUAGCACUGAAAUGCGCAAUUACGGAGCAAUUUCGUGAUUACUCGCUUUAUCGUUUACACGGACAAUGCACGUUUAAUGCUGCUGGUUCCCAGAUUCGUUCGAUUGACAAUGGUAACACUGUAUGGUUAACAUCAAUCAUAGAUCGACCAGAUGUCUUGGAAACCAAUAAAUGUCACUUGACAAACGAGAGAAUACGAGUCAAAUUAAGAUGGUGGACAUUGCUAAAGCUCAAAGUGAUGAUCGGACCUUAA